AUGGCCCUCAUGAUUCCUCCGGUGAAGCUGAAGUGGCUGGAGCACCUGAACGGCUCAUGGAUCACCGAGGACAGCGAGUCUGUGGCCACACGGGAGGGCGUGUCCGCACUCUACUCCAAACUCCUGUCCAACAAAGAGGUGGUACUGCUGCCGCAGCAGGUGCUGUGUCUGAAGGGGCCUCAGCUCCCAGACUUUGAGCGUGAGUCUUUGUCAAGCGAUGAGCAGGAGCACUACCUGGACGCGCUGCUCGGCAGUCAGCUGGCACUGGCCAAGAUGGUCUGCUCCGACUCUCCUUUUGCUGCAGCUCUUCGUAAGCGUGUUCUGGUGCUCCAGCGGAUAUUCUAUGCCCUCUCCAAUAAAUACCACGACAAGGGCAAAGUGAAGCAGCUGCAACACUCUCCAGAGAACAGCAGCGGCUCCACUGACCUGCAGGCGGUCAGCGAGAGGCCGCGCUCCAGCACUGAUGCACUCAUAGAGAUGGGAGUGCGCACCGGACUCAGCCUGCUUUUCGCUCUGCUCCGACAGAGCUGGAUGAUGCCCCCCCCUGGCCCCGUGGCCCCUGGAGGAACCAUCAACCUCUGCAACGAUGUAAUCCACACAGCCAUUGAUGUAGUCAGCUCCUUACCUCCUCUGUCUUUAGCCAACGAGAGCAAGAUCCCGCCCAUGGGCCUGGACUGCCUGGCCCAGGUCACAUUCUUCCUCAAGGGGGUAACUAUGCCAAACUCUGGGGCGGACCUUCUGGGCCGGCGGCUGGCCUCGGAGCUGCUGCUGGGGCUGGCCUCUCAGAGGGGCUCCCUCAGGUACCUCCUGGAAUGGAUCGAGAUGGCUCUGGCCGCCUCAGCUGUGGUUAGCAUGAUGGAGCAGGGUCUAAGUCCCGAAGGUCUAAUCAGCUACGACUGCUUUAUGAACAUCCUCAUGCAAAUGAGACGCUCACUGGGCUCUUCUGCAGACCGCAGUCAGUGGAGAGAACCCACCAGAUCAGCAGACGGCCUCUGCUCCUUGUAUGAGGCUGCCCUCUGUCUUUUUGAAGAGGUGGGCCGCAUGGCCUCAGACUACUCUCGCACCUGUGUUAGUCCGGACAGCAUUCAGACCGGAGAGGCUCCUCUGGUGUCAGAAAGCUGUGAGGUGUAUGUGUGGGGCAGUAACAGCAGCCAUCAGCUUGUGGAGGGAACACAAGAGAAGAUCCUUCAGCCCAAACUGGCCCCGAGCUUCGCUGAUGCACAGACGAUUGAGGCGGGUCAAUACUGCACCUUCGUCAUCUCCACUGAAGGCUCAGUGCGUGCCUGUGGGAAGGGAAGUUACGGCCGCCUGGGCCUUGGCGACUCCAACAACCAGUCCACCCUGAAGAAACUGACGUUUGAGCCACACAGGGCCAUCAAGAAGGUCUCCUCCUCCAAAGGGUCAGACGGACACACGCUGGCCUUCACUACCGAGGGAGAGGUCUUCAGCUGGGGGGACGGUGACUACGGGAAACUGGGACACGGAAACAGCUCCACGCAGAAGUACCCCAAAUUGAUUCAGGGGCCUCUCCAGGGGAAGGUGGUGGUGUGUGUGUCUGCUGGAUACAGACAUAGUGCAGCUGUGAGUGAAGACGGAGAGCUCUACACAUGGGGAGAGGGAGACUUUGGGAGACUAGGUCACGGAGACAGCAACAGCCGCAACAUUCCCACUCUAGUCAAAGACAUCAGCAAUGUGGGGGAGGUGUCGUGUGGGAGCUCUCACACCAUUGCUCUGUCCAAAGACGGCCGGACAGUAUGGUCCUUCGGGGGCGGAGAUAAUGGAAAGCUGGGCCACGGCGACACAAACCGCAUCUACAAGCCAAAACUUGUGGAAGCUUUACAGGGAAUGUUCAUCAGAAAAGUGUGUGCUGGGAGCCAGUCCUCUCUGGCCUUAACCUCCACAGGACAGGUGUACACUUGGGGCUGUGGGGCCUGUCUGGGCUGUGGGUCCUCUGAGGCCACAGCUCUGAGGCCUAAACUUAUCGAGGAGUUGGCUACAACACGCGUGGUGGAUAUUUCCAUUGGAGACAGUCACUGCCUCGCUCUCUCACAUGAUAACGAGGUGUAUGCAUGGGGUAAUAACUCCAUGGGUCAGUGUGGUCAGGGGAAUUCCACUGGACCCAUCACCAAACCAAAGAAGGUUGUGGGUCUUGACGGAGUGGCCAUCCAGCAGAUUUCAGCUGGGACGUCUCAUAGCCUGGCAUGGACAGCACUCCCCAGAGACAGGCAGGUGGUGGCCUGGCAUCGUCCUUACUGUGUGGACCUUGAGGAGAGCACCUUCUCACAUCUGAGAUCCUUUCUGGAGCGCUACUGCGAAGGCAUCAACAGUGAUGUUCCCCCAGUGCCCUUCCCCUCCUCAAGGGAGCAUCACAACUUCCUGAAGCUGUGUCUGCGGCUCCUGUCCAAUCACCUUGCUCUGGCGUUGGCUGGGGGCGUAGCCACCAGUAUCUUGGGGCGUCAGGCCAGACCUCUCCGGAAUCUCCUCUUCAGACUCAUGGAUUCUUCUGUGCCCGACGAUAUUCAGGAGGUACAGGCCAACCAGAAGGCCUGCUCAUUAAUUUGGUCAUUCAGUUAG